AUGAACCAUCCGAAGCUGAGCUCCAUGAAUCUCCAGGAGGCGGUGGCGGAUCUGGAUCUCCACUCGUUCAUCUCGAAGGUGCCUCACAUUCCAGUCAUAGACGUGAAGAACUGGGACAGGGAGGGAUCGCAAUGGAGAUCCACGUUCUCGGCUCUCUCGACCGGCGACUGGCUCAAGGUGAAUCGCCUGCUGAAACAGGCGGAGAGCGACCUUCUCGAUGAGCCUCGAGAUGGCGAGCUUCAGUGCGCCAUUCUUCUCGGAUCGUACUUCGGGCACAUAGAUCUCGUCCGGAGAAUCAUCACCAGCGUGCGGGAUGUCCUGAGGCUGGCAGUGAUCGAGACCGCCAAGACGGACGAAGGAUUCACAGCCCUGCAUUUGGCCUCCAUGGGCGUGUUCCCCGACCCACUCCCGGAGGGGCUCGCACCGCAGCACGCCAAAGUGGUGAAACUGCUGCUCGAGAGCAGCAAUUGCAACACCGAGCUCUUGACUGCCAAGACUGCGACGGGCGAGUGGACAGCGCUGCAUUUGGCCGCCGGGAAGGGGCAGAUCGACUCGCUGCGCGCUCUGCUGGCCGGAUAUCAGAGUGCAGGGCCAGCAGGGAUGGGAGGCAGGGAGGAAUUGGCGUAUGUUCUUCGUGAUGCAAACGGCAUGACUCCGUUGCAUCUGGCUGCGCUGGAGUCGCACGAGGAGGUGGUCAGAGAGUUGCUGCAGUGCGAGAUGAUGGAUGUCAACGCUCUGAACAACCUGGCCCUCACGCCGCUCCACUUGGCCUCGAUCAGGGGCAUGGCCAAGAUCGUGGAGGAGCUGGUCAGGGUCCCCCGAGUGGACGUCAACGCUGUGGACUGCUGUCUCUCCACGGCCCUGCAUUGGGCUGCUCACAGUGGAGCCACCGAUGUGGUGCGAUGCUUCAUCGAUGCCUCGAAGCACCGGACCGUCCGAAUGACGGAGGAGGAUCUCGACGGCUCGACGGCCCUGCAAAUCACGGCCGAGGAUAUGGUGAACCAGGAGGACAUCCACAAGAUGCUUCUGGAGCUGCACGAGGUGAAGGUCCAUGUCGAUCGGCUGUACAGGGAUCGGCAGGUGUUCGUGGACGCUGCCAACGCAAUGCUCGUCGGAGCUGCUCUGAUCUCCAGCGUCACCUUCGGAGGAUGGCUCCAACCUCCCCUGGGCUAUGUCCGCUACUCCCAGUUCAGCGCCGACUACGCAGCCGUGGAGCAGCAUUUGAGUGUCAGACUGUUCUGGAUCUUCAACAGCUUUGCCUUCUACUUGGCCAUGGCUACGGUUAUUUCUGGAGCCGGGUGCGUUCUCCCGAUGAACACCUUUCACAUCAAAAGAGCCGUCAGGCGAAUCCGCUACAUGCUCAAUUUCACCUCGUUUCUACUGGGCCUGUCCAUUCUGUUCGUGCUUGCGGCCUUCACUGCAGCUGGGUUUGCAUGCCUGCCACCGAUCCAAGAGCAGCAAGCGAGAAUGAGACUAACGACCUUAAUCGGUCUCAUUGUCUGCGCAUGUGUACUAGUUUACAUGACCAAAGUGACGAGCUUCAAUGUCCGCUUUGACCUCAAAAUUGCACAGCAAUACUUGACGAAGAAAUUAAUUUUGUUCAAGGAAAGGAUUAGCCAUCGCCUGGCCAAGGACGCUCAGUCUCAGGAGCAUCAAAUUUUUGUCAAAAUGGCCGAGCUGGCCAACAUCUCCGACCUGGACAAGCGCGAGCAGCAGAAGGAUGAGGUAAUUGACAGAUUGCAAUUGUAUCUCUACCUUCGAGACCUGCCGACUCUUUGGUACAGGACUAGAGCCGAGAAGGCUGUGGUAGAUGCCCUCAUGGCCUUCAGGAACGCAGGAGUUCUGGAAGUAGAUGGCUCCAGUGGCCAGCUCCGUCGUCGCCUCCAUAGCUAUAGAGUCCAGGAUUUAGACAGCUUGUACUGGUCGUUCAAAGUCGAUGAGCACAGGCGCUUCAAUGGAUAUCGAAGGAGGCGAAACCCUCUCAUUCUUUACGAUCUGAGGGGUAAAACAACUACUACCAAAGGCUCAAACUCUAUACGAGACUCUUUCAAAAAUCGGUAG